CCUUCUCCGGGCUGAACGGCCCCAGCUUUCUAAUAGGCCUGGGGUAGCAGGACGGUGGGGGCUAGAUGCACGUUCUCUGGCUAAGCCACCCCAAGGCGCUGGAAACGCCUAGUAGUUAUCCAUGACCUCCAACUCGAGAUAUUCUGUGGCCCUACGUCUGUGGCGUGCAAGAAUACGUGCGAACGCCCAAGCGCUGUGCACUGACUUAGCUCUAUGCCGCAAUUCGCUCUUACAAGCAGCGGACAGCACGCCGAGCGCUCCCGGCGCAGCGCUUCCCACGCCCGCCCGACGCCCCAACCCCACACGCCGCUGCUGCCGCUCCACUUCCGGCUUUCCCGCAGCGCCCCCCGGUGCUGACGUCACGGCGCGCAGAUGCCGGAAGCGGAGCGGGAGGGAGGAGAAGGGCGGGCGGCGCGCGCGGCGACGGUAUCGCGCGCCUCCCGCUGACGGCGCCGCUCCUGCCCCGCCCCGCCCCGCCAGCAACGGGCGCCAGAUUAUUACUAAACAUGUUUAUGGACUACUGGAAAAGGAAUGCCACUUGAAAAAAAUAACUCUCCCAGUUGAUGCCGCUGAGAAUGAACCAAAAAGCUUUAUCUUUAUGAGUGAAGAUGCAUUAACAAAUCCUGACAAACUGUUGGUCCUAAUUCAUGGUAAUGGUGUUGUCAGAGCAGGUCAGUGGGCUAGGAGACUUAUCAUUAAUGAAGAUCUGGACAGUGGCACACAGAUACCGUAUAUAAAGAAAGCUAUUGAGGAGGGCUAUGGAGUAAUAGUACUGAAUCCCAAUGAGAACUAUAUUGAAGUGGAGAAGACAAAAGCCCAAGUACAGCUGUCUUCUGAUAGCUCAGAUGAACCUGCAGAAAAGAGGGAAAGAAAAGAUAAAAUCCAGAAGGAAACAAAGAAACGACGUGACUUCUAUGAGAAGUAUCGAAAUCCACAGAAAGAAAAAGAAACAAUACAGAUGUAUAUUAGAGAUAAUGGAUCUCCAGAAGAACAUGCAAUUUAUGUUUGGGACCAUUUUAUUUCCCAGUCAGCAGCAGAGAACGUGUUUUUUGUUGCUCACAGUUAUGGAGGACUUGCAUUUGUAGAGUUGAUGAUUCAGCGAGAGGCAGAAGUAAAGAAUAAGGUAACUGCUGUGGCGUUGACAGACUCUGUUCACAAUGUGUGGCAUCAAGAAGCUGGCAAAACUAUUCGAGAGUGGAUGCGAGAGAACUGUUGUAACUGGGUGUCCAGCUCUGAGCCACUGGACACGUCCGUGGAGUCCAUGCUGCCCGACUGCCCCCGAGUCUCUGCAGGUAUUUGCAUCCUCAAUAGCGCAAGCUGCGAGUGCAGAGAUCUUCGGGAUGGAGGUUACUGUGUAGCCUGGUGUGAACAUCCUUCCAUGCUGGCAUGGCUCGUUCUGCACAUCCGUUUCUGCCCCUGUACGCUGUCUGCCAGGGAUUGAAAGUUAUUACUGAUACUUUGAAGCAUCAGCUGGUCUCAGCACUGGCUCUUGCAGUUGCUACACAUGUGCACUAAGCCUGACUUCAACUAAUGUCUUCUUAGUGCAGGAGUAAGUAGCUUUUUGCCUGCUCCUGAUUCUUCAAAAGAGCUCUGCUCUUAGUCUCCUGCUCAGCUUCAGGUGUUACAGGCAGCUUUUUGUUUCAUGUAUAAUACCUAGCUGGAUGUGAGCUUGCAUGUUGUGUUUUGAGUCCCUUAGUUUCACAAUGCUUUGGAAAGGACAAAAAUCUAUAAAGACCUGUUGAGUGGUAUUUCAGAUUCAUUUCCAGAAAGCCAGAGCCUCAAAAGUAAAUAUGAAAAUACGAAUUUUAAAGUGUUGACUUGAACCACUUGAUGUUGCAGCAGUGAGAGAAUUCAGUUUUGUAAUAAUUUCAAAUUUGUCAUUAAUUUUUGUAUUUGAUUUGUAUAUCCCCAAUGUUGCUAUUUUGUAGCACAAAUUGCUUAUAUUGACGUAACGUUCUACAAAAUACUGUAAUGUAUUUGGAUUAGUACUGACAUCAGAAAAACUAUUAUUUCAUCAAAAAUUACUCCAGUACACAAGCAUCUGUAUCAGGGCAUUUUUUAGAGUACAGUUAACUUGCUAGGGUGACAUAUGCUUGUUUCAGACUCCCCAAGGCUGUCUUAGAUUGUCAUCAUAAAGUAUUAUGUGAAUUACUACAGCUAGAUAUUUCCGACAGGAUGUUUGACAAUGAUUUGACCUGCCGUAACUGUUACUUCUCAUACUGCUUAAUAGGAUUUCUUCCAUUCUUAGUACAUGGAGUGUCUCACAGUCUGUUCCUCCUGUGUUACUGUGUUGGCCCAUGACAUCAGAGGCAGAUGUUUGUGGUACGGCAGUAGAGGUCGAACUUUCCCGUCAAUAUUCCUUCACAUUUUGUUACUGUGUGACAGAUGUCAGCAGAGGGGCAGUCUGACCAAAUGAUGUCUGGCACAGAAGGGGAGCAAAGAUUUGUCGCUUAAUUCCUCAAUGUGGAAAAAAAAAAAAAGCAGCAGCCAUUGACAUUCAUUGACACUUUCUGAACAUUUCUGGAGACUAAACAGGGGGACUCUGGGGUGGUGGGUGGUGUGUUUGAGCAGUGGCGACAACAGCAGUGGGUCACCUCUGCUGGUGCAGAUUGUUAUGAGCACAGCAUGCAGGCUCUUCAUCAUUGAUGAAAAUGCACAACUCACAGUAGUGGCUAUGUUGAAAAAAAAAAAAAGAAGUAUUC